GACAUAAGACCUUUGCUACCAUUUACAAAGUGUAUUUCCAUGCCUGUACCAGACACAGAAAUCCUAGAUAGUUGAGGAUAAAAUUGUUGAGGGGGGUAGUCAUUCUGUCGGUUUAUUCAAAUCUGUAUGUGUAAAAUGACGGUGAUGAAGUUGUAUCCAGAUUGUUACACAUCCCUUGUGUUGUAAGGUGGAGAUUGGAUUGUCUGAGGCAACUCCUACCUGUAUCAUGGAACAGUCCGCCUUUCUGCAACAUGGUUAUCAAACAGCACCAGACGUACGGGGAGGUCAACCAGCUGGGAGGCGUCUUCGUCAACGGCCGUCCACUGCCAAACGCCAUCCGUCUGCGUAUCGUGGAACUUGCUCAGUUGGGGGUACGGCCAUGUGACAUUAGCCGCCAGCUCCGGGUGUCCCACGGGUGUGUCAGUAAGAUCCUAGCCCGCUACAACGAGACGGGGUCCAUCCUUCCUGGUGCCAUAGGAGGGAGCAAGCCCCGGGUGACCACACCAAACGUUGUUAAACAUAUCAAAAUGUACAAGGACCGAGACCCAGGCAUCUUUGCCUGGGAGAUCCGGGACAAACUGUUAGCCGACGGCGUGUGUGACAAGUACAACGUUCCUUCAGUCAGCUCUAUCAGUCGGAUUCUCAGGAACAAGAUUGGGGGGACGGGGGGUACUCAACCCUCUCAGGGACAACAGUAUGAGAGCAAGCCCCCCACCCCUAUCGCUCCGCCUCCGUCUGCACCCAUCUAUCACAACCAGUUCUACCCUUACUCCUGCCCCGCACCCACAAUGCCGUCUAUCCCCACCCCCCAUCAGAUUCCACCUCAGCCGCCAAGUAUUCCCAUGAACAAACCCCCUGUUUCAAGCUGUGUGUCACCUUGUAUGAUGAGGGCGUGGCCCUCCUCACAUUCCGUUAAUGAUAUUCUGGGCUUCAGGUACCAGCAGGCAAUAGGGCAGGCGGGAUCUAUGCCACCGGAUAAUGGCACAAGUUUCGGUCAAAAUUAUAACGUCACGAACUACUAUGCAAUGAAACCAACCAUGUCUCCUAUGUAUCUUCAAAGUUGAUUCUCAACAAAGAUUGUGAUGGCUGGCAAGGCCCAAUGACUGUAUAUGUGGACACGUAAUUUAAGCUUGGAGUGGAAUUCUUUGAUGACACUAUAAAGGUGCUGUGACAAUAUGGACGUCGAGUGAUGGUGAAUAUUGUGCUCUGGGAGAGAUGGCCACAUCCCAAAAUAGCACGGUAAGACACGGCAAAAUGUUGUCUUUGCAGAUUCUCGUCCGGUGACAGUUGGUAGUCCCGUGGUCAGGUACACGCGCCGUGACUGCGCGGGUCUGUGUUGCUGACGGUGCUAGACCAUGCUCGGGGCACACCAGAGAACACUGGACACUGUUCUGAACAUUUGCUCAUGGUGUGAAAGAAAUCAUUUCAUAAAUUAUCAUUUAUGCAAAAAUGCCUCAUCUUUCAAAUUAUUUGAGAGCAUUUUGUUAUUGUCGUUUUUAUUACACAUUAUAAGUGCCAAAAUACUGAUAUGUAAGAAAACCUUCAGGGGGGUUAUCUCCCUUUGUUUGCCACACGGGGACAUAUUUUGCCUCCGCUGGGAAGUGAUCCAUCCUGAUGUGUUGCCAUCUAGUCACGUGUACAUAUGUCUGUAUGUGUAUCAUUAAUGGAUAUUGUCUGGCGUUAUUUCUAGAAGCAAUUCAUGUAAUAAAUUGUUGGAUCAC